GGGACCAUGGAAGCGGCUUAGUCAUGGAACAGGCGCGACCCGUGCCCGCUCCCCGCCGCCUCUAUCCGGAACUGAGACCCGCCAACUACGAGAACAUCGAGAUCAACCCGAAUGUAAACCAAAGCAAUGCCGCAUCUAAUAGUGGCAAUAACAAUAAUAAUAACAACACGAAGGAAUUAAAUAUAAAUGCCGAGAAUCUGCACACAAAUUGUUCAGACAAAAAGCUGCCAUCGAGUGGUCAGGACAAGUUGAUGCUGCAACCGAUUUAUGGGCCGGAUGCCAAUGAGAAUGUCCAGGAGCCAGUAUAUGCCGCUCCAAAGCCCGCUCCCCGCCAACGAAUGCCAACGGAAGCGCCGAGUGAAAAAGAGGGGAAUCAAGAUGGGGAGUUGACCCCACUGCGAAUCCUGCGUGCUGCUCCACAGGUACCCCCAAAGCCCGAUCAGCGUUCAUCGGUCUGCAGCGAACUAUCUACCACCAGUGUCAUAACCGGAGGCAGGGCAGACGAGGAUCGGGACGGAUCCCGGUAUGCGUCCAACAUAUCGCUGGACUACAGCGAGAGUUCCCACAGCGGCAAGUUCAAGUCGCAGUCACCCGGGUACGUAGACGCCGUCGAUUCAUCACCCAUCCAUAAGUCGCAGGAGCACGGGGAGGAUCCAGAAGAUGAGCAGUCGUCCUGCUCCGGGGAACAGUCCGAAAGCCGAGAUGGCGACGAUGACAACGACCUUCUGCGAUCUCUGGGCACCACUUCCAAGAUGCUGGGCGAAGCCAUCGGUGAGCGGAUCACGUUCAAGGCUAAAGGAGCCAAGAAACGCCUGGACAAGAACUUUAAGAACUCCACUGAAGCGAUCAGCAACCUUGGUGCGGAUGCGGGCCGGAGCUUAAAGCACGCCAGCAAGCGAUUUGGAUCGAACUUCAGCAGUCUCGGACGAACAAAGGACAAGCCUGAUGGCGGGGACGGUUCUAGAGCAGAUGGAUCAUGUGAAUCUGAUCUUAACCGACGCCAGACGAUGCCCAAUACGGAGGUCUUCAGUGCCAUUCAGUUCUCCAGUCCGCUGAAUCGCAACGGAGGUCUUUCUGAUCUAAGGCAAGACCAAGACGACGGCUAUCCCUUGGAUGUCAAGAAGGCAGGGGAUCUUCAUGAAGACGACGGCUGCUACGAGGUCCCCAAAACACAGGGCAAGCCGCCCAGCUAUGACGAAGCUCUGCGUGCACGACCCACGCCCAGUGCCUUGCCAACAUCCAGGAAUCUCGCACACGAUGCUGCCCGGCUGGUGCAGCUGCGCAGCCAGCGGCAGGUUAAUGUUCCAUUAAACACCAACAGUUCCUCCAGCGGCGAAGAUUCACCGCACCCCCUGCCUAUGCCUGCCUAUCCGCCACCCCGCCUAUCCCAGCAGCCGGAGCAGUUCCGCCUGGAUGCCCUACAGCCGCCGCGACGGCAGAAGCGGCGUAAGAACUACGAGCACAUCGAGUUGCGACGUCCACCUCUGAACUCAGCGGAGCUGGAGGAGCUUAACCGGUCGGCGGCGGCUGCUGAGCGCGAGGAAUCCUUGCAAAUAUCCGCCAAUAUUGCGGAGGCGGAAUCCAAGACACCAAAGCCAGAGCGCAGCGAUUCCUGGGAGUUCUACGGCGACGAAAAGACUGAGGAAGGAGGGGAGGCCGAUGAUUCCUCUCCGGAACCGGUGUACGCCAAUCAGGACGCAACCUAUGGCAAGCUCUUCGAAAUGGCCACCGCUGGAACUAGUCGCAGUAAUCUCCUUACUCCCAACCAAGCGGGCGAACAGCAGCUGGCCUGCAUCAGCGAGAAUGCGGAGGAAGGAGCUGUCGGCGGUCCCCUGCCGCUGGAAUUGAUCGAGGAGUUUGAUCCGCUAACCAGCAAGUGCUCUACAUUGGCCAGGUCGAACAAGAGCAACGAGCUACUGCUCCUUGAACACCUGCUCGAGGAGGACACCUAUGGCACAGUGAAACGGGAGCAGGACGAUGUCAGCAUGUGCACAUCCGAGGAGGAACCGUCCUCCAUAGCAUCGAAGGAACAGCCGCAGAUAGUGCACCAGAAUUCCCAGCUGCUAAGCGACAGUAUGGAGAACAUGCUGGACUCCGAUCAGGAGGCUGCACGCGACGAGGAGCGAGCCAAACCCUAUCUCACCAGAAUGCCAACGACCGGCAAUAAGGACGUGGCCGUGGAUUUGGCCAGUGCUUCGAGAAAUCGUACCAAUUGGUUUGUGGCAGACAGCGCCGGUUCAUCUGGCAGACCGACCGCAACCACCAACAUUGAAGGCGACAGCCCGCCAACCUAUCUUGAGGCCGUUGGAGGCGGCGGCAAGGAUAACGCAGCUAACAGUCAAGAGAAUCGUUCCACCAUUGGUUCCCGCUUCAGGCAGACAAUCAGCGCCUUCUCCAAUGUUAAGCUACGCAUGGACGCCAUGAAGCGGAAGGCCAGCUUCCGGACAGCCAAUCAGCGACAGUCGGAUCUGAAGGUGGCUCUGCAAAUGGUGCCACGACCAUGUCUGUCACCCCUUCUCGUACGAUACGAGGGACCGCUGGUGCGCUUUCCCACGGGCGUCGUGGAGGACAUUCUCAAGGAAAUGCAGAACCGCAAGGCCAUACUCAGAGAGCGACAGUUCCAGACAUUUCUGGACCAAGAGAUGAAGACGUUAAGGGAGGUUAUACCCCUGGAAACGGUCACCACCCUACAAUGCGUUAGCAACAGCCGCGUUACCGAUACGGCCACCCAUUUCUACUGCUUCGAGAUUACAACUUCGCAGCCGAAAAAUGGCAACGGGGCUAGCGAUGCCAUGUCCACGAAUCCUAAUCUCCUGAUGACCAGUAGCUCGUCGGGCAAUGUAAAACAGCAGCGCGUCUCCCAUCUCUAUGGCGUUGGCAAAGAGUCAGAGCGCGGCGUCUGGAUGCAGAAGAUCCUCGAGAGCCUUACGAACAGCCUGCCAGUGAAGUACACCUGUCAUUACUAUCGCGCCGGUUGGUGUUAUCUCAAGACGUCUAUCACCUCGGAGUGGAGUGGCACUUGGUUAGUGCUUCGCAAGAGCCAAAGGCGGCUAAUCUUCGUGAGCGAGUCAAACGGCAACGUAGAGAAGAUGGAUCUGCGCAAAGCUAGGUGCAUAGUGCUUAAGGAGAGCGAUGAGUCUAUCGAAAAUCUGCACGUGGAGAGUGGGCCCAUGUUGAUGAUUGACUGCCCACCGUAUGCGGUCUACAUGAUUAUGAGUUCUGCGAGAGAGACAAAGAUCUGGCGACACAUCAUUCGCGAAGUGGCCCACAACAAUGGAUUUUCGUUGGGUGACCAACAAUUGACGCGCUACGAUGUGCCCGUAAUUGUGGACAAGUGCAUUAACUUUGUCUACAUCCACGGAUCCAUGUCGGAGGGCAUAUAUCGCAAGUCCGGGUCGGAGAACUCUAUGCACAAACUGAUGAGCGCUUUCCGUGCGGAUGCCUUCAAUGUGGAGAUCACCCGAAGCGAGUACAACGAGCACGAUGUGGCCAAUGUGCUGAAGCGUUUUAUGCGCGACCUGCCCGAGCGGCUGCUGGGCAAGCUCACGGAUAGCUUUGUGUUCGUCACGGAGCUGUCUGUGGCUUCUGAAAAGAUACCCAUUUACAGGGAGCUCCUAGCCAGACUCUCCGCCAUUGAACGCGAAACGUUGCGCCGGAUUGUGGGUCAUCUGGUGUUUAUCAGCUCACAGCAGUCUAAGAACAAGAUGAGUGUCCAGAACCUGACCAUGAUCUGGGGCCCAACGCUGCUGGCCAAGAAGAGCGAUGAGCUGAUCUAUUCGCAAAAGGAGGCGGAUGUGCUAAGCGAUCUCAUAGUGCUCUACAAGAAUCUAUUUCCAUGCAGCAUCGAUGAAAUGAAACGGGAACAGGCCAUGCUGGCGUGCCUGCAAAAAUAUUAUGCGGCCGCCGAAACGCUCAAGGAUGCAGUGAAGCAGUCCGGUGACAUCAAAAUCUGGAUCAGUCUGAACCCCAAUCCAGACAAUACCACAGAGGAAAAGACGCAGGUUAAUGCCACCAUUUCACCCACAAAGACCGCCUAUGAGCUGUGCCGGGAAUACUCCGCCAAAAUGAAAUUAUCUACUCAUCAGCUGACCCUGUACGAAGUGAUACUGAACGACAGUUUGGAGCGACCGCUGCAUCAUGAUACCAAAGUAUUUGACGUGAUCCUCAAUUGGUCAUAUUGGCCGGAGGAGGAUCGCAAGCACAAUUAUCUGGUGAUGCGUCCGAUUGACAUGCUGUGCGAGAUCCAGCGCGCUGUGAAAAAUCUAGCCACGGUAACUCCCGGCAAGGAGCUACGUUUCGCCGACUAUCGCACCAAGACCUUCAAGACGCUGCAAUGCGAGCUGCGCGACGGAAAGAUAGUGGUGUCUAAGAAGGACAAGAACGACAAGACGACCAUUGUGCGCGAGGUGUUCCUGCAGAGCUGCACAGCCUACCUGGGAUGUGAGCGCAAGCGGGACUUUCCCUGGAGCUGGGCCAUCACAUUUGUAGAGCGCACGCAGGCGCAAAUUAUGAGAUCGCGCGAUGCACCCUUUAUUGGCCACGUCCUGGCUGGCAGCGAAUGGAUGGACCGCACCAUCUGGUACUCUAGCAUCUGGUACUGCCUGUACAAGGACAACAUUCUGCCCCCAGCGGAUAUUAUUUUUAAGUAGAACAAAAAUAUUAUUUAAAUGCCUUAACGUGUGCAUUUCGUGUAGACAUUUUGUGAAUUUAUUCGCUUUAGUUAGGCACUGUUUACUGUAUAUACAUAUAUUUGUAGAUAGCAAUAUACUGUAAAUAAUUUUUUAUUCAUGAAUAAUUAUCAUAAAACAAGAUUGUACAUACAUCUAACGAAAAGAAUUGUAUCACCAAGUCCAUUUUCCAUUUGACUUUACCUAUUAUUUAUUUUUAGGCAUGAGAAACCAACUAUAAAUAAGAACAGGCCGUGCAGUGCAUCAAAUUAUGUUUAAGCUAGUUAUUUUAUAAUAUCUUUGUCAUUUUUAUACACAAAAACCCUUUUUGAAACGAUUUUGCUUUUAUGUAUGUAUGUAUGCACGUAUUUUCAGAUAUCAAACGAACAACCGAAUGCAUUUAAAGUCCAGAAGCGAGAUAUAUAUUUCAUGGCAAUAAAUCCGAUGUAUUUAAAAA